AUGCUCAAAUCAGCAGCACUUCUGGCUUUGGCCGCUGUCGUUACGGCACGAAAAUGCCACGACCUCACUAUCCCUAUCUCCAUCUCAGCUCGAAACGCUGUCUUUGAUCUUCCAGCACCGUUAUCAGAGAUUGAUGUCACUAGCUUCUUCCUCGGCUUUGUUCACGCAGGCAUCAACUACACCGACGCCCUCCUGACAGGAUAUAAAACUGUUAGCGGCCACUAUAAUAUCGCCGCCACUUACUGCCAGCCAGACCACGGCCCAGGCAAAGCCCUCCAGGUCUUGACUCAUGGCAUCGCUUUCGAUCGUAGUUACUGGGAUUAUCCCUUCAACAACCACAACUACAGCUAUGUCGCCGAAGCUGUUGACGAGCAGGGCUACUCGACCUUCACAUGGGACCGUCUCGGAGUUGGCGCUUCCUCCAAAGGCAACCCCAUCAACGAGAUCCAACAGUACCUUGAGGUUGCUGCCCUCACGGAACUCUCCACCCUCCUCCGCAAAGGCUGCGUGAAGGGCAUCAACGCCAAAUUUAGCAAAUUCGUCCACGUCGGCCACUCUUUCGGCUCCGCCAUAACUUACAACUUCGUCAAUGCCAACCCCGACUUCAGUGACGCUGCCGUCUUAACCGGCUUCAGCCAGAACGCAAACUUCCUCUCCGGCUUUGCCCUCGGCGGCAAUUUCAAGCCCGUAAAGGAGAUUCCUUCACUUGCGGCCAAAUAUCCCGCCGGCUACGUUGCAGUGCCAUCAAGCGUUGGUGUCAACAUCCAGUUCUUUGCUCCUGGUGACUUCGACCCCAAGAUGCUCGCGUCUGCAUUUGCAAACGGCCAGCCAGCUACCCCUGGCGAGAUUCUUACUAUUGGCGCCGGCCUCAGCACUGUCAACGCCUUCAGGGGCCACCUCCUCAUUGCCACAGGAGAGAGAGACGUUCCUUUCUGUGGCGGUAACUGCUCGGACACAACCACCAUCCAGGGAGCUUUCCCAAACCUCCUUGCCUUCUCUGAAAUUCUUUUCCCCAACGCCUCCACCUUCGAGGCGGCUGUCAUUCCCGAGGCUGGUCAUGGCCUCAACUUUGGCUAUUCUCACAAGGCCGCAUACGCCUCCAUCUUCGACUUCCUCCGUUCUUCUUUGUAA